CAUCUCAACCUUCAUACAUCUCCUAAGGUUGGCGCCGCCCCUCCUUGGUUGCAGUACUCUUAUCAACCUUGACCUCGAUCAUCCACCAGAUAUUGGUCUUCUUUGUUUUGCGAUAUUAGCCUCUUCGCCUGCUUUUCAGUUCGCCGACACAGACUGGUUAUCCUACACCAAACAUGGGAGAUAUCCAGAACUCUGCGCCCACUUUCGGCGCUAGGAAGAAUAUCGACCCCAGUCAAAAUGCCGUCAAGAGAUUGCAGACGGAGCUUAUGCAGCUAAUGACAUCGCCGGCGCCGGGCGUGUCUGCCUUCCCCUCUGCCGACGGCAAUCUCCUUUCGUGGCGGGCUACCAUCGAGGGACCUGAGGAUACCCCUUAUGCCGGCCUCACCUUCA